AGCCGGCCCCACGUCUUCGCGUAUCCGAGCCGCAUGCACAAGUACCAGCAGCGUUCCUACUUACUAUUUACUACGAGCUGUUAUAACGGUGCGCCACGCCAGAAUGACUCCGAAAUCUGGUCAGAGUCUUUUAUGAGACGAAGCUCCUUACCGAAACAUUCUCAAGGGGAUGAGUGAUGCGCGCGGUUUGUGCGAUUUGUACCAAUGAAUUAUUUUCGUUUAGUGCAUUCGUUCAAUUUCACCUGAAAAAGUGAAAGUGUUGGUGUGCUAGCUGUAUAAAAUAAUGUGUGCUCCAAAAAGCUUCAAUGAGCGCCAGUCUGCAGAACAAAAGGGAAAAGAAUUAAGAGAUAAUGUGCUUACCAUAAUGCUAGCUUACUGAAAAAAGCACCUACAAAGGAGUAGGAUAAAGCUUGUAAAGGAUGCAAGGGCUUCCUGAGCUAUCGUGGCCACUGCUACGAAAUUUAAGUUUAUCAACGAAUUCAUCGAACUUCACCGAUCUGCUAGACGACUUUAUCUUGAAUAACGAGGACGAAACGAAAUUUAUCCUUCCCCUCUGGCGUCAAGUGUUGUGGAGCUUACUCUUCGGCUGCAUGAUAAUCGUGGCAACCGGCGGAAAUAUCAUUGUCAUCUGGAUUGUAUUGGCGCACAAACGUAUGCGCACCGUGACGAAUUAUUUCCUCGUCAAUUUGAGCAUCGCAGAUACCACUGUGUCCACCCUCAACGUCAUAUUCAAUUUUAUCUACAUGUUGAAUAGUCAUUGGCCCUUUGGCGAUCUAUAUUGUAGGAUCAACCCUAUCAUUGCUGUAAUUACGGUGACCGCUAGUGUCUACACGCUAAUGGCCAUAUCGAUCGAUAGAUACAUGGCGAUCGUGAAUCCACUAAAACCUCGCAUGGGCAAGCGGGCAACCUUAUGCGUCGCGGUGGCCAUUUGGGUGGUAAGUGUUGCCAUGUCGUUGCCUAAUAUUUGGUUCUACCAGACAGAAUCGCAAAAUCUCACCGACGGAAAUGUUCGUACCGUCUGCUUUGUCGUCCCGGACGAGGGGGCUGUAAACGCCGAGAAUAAGGCUGAACGUUUGUACAACGUGUGUUUUAUGAUAUUGACAUAUUUUCUACCGAUUGGCGCUAUGUGCUUCACUUACGCCCGUAUCGGUCUAGAACUAUGGGGUUCGCAGAGCAUAGGUGAAGCUACUCAGAGACAAAUAGAAAAUAUACGUAAUAAGCGUAGGGUAGUGAAAAUGAUGAUGAUCGUCGUGGUGAUAUUCGCCGUUUGCUGGUUACCUUAUCACAUCUGGUUCAUCGUCAUAUCGCUGAUGCCACACGUGACGACUAAUUCCUACGCGCAAGAAGUCUAUUUGGCAAUCUAUUGGCUCGCAAUGUCCAAUUCCAUGUACAAUCCGAUGAUCUACUGCUGGAUGAAUUCCAAAUUUCGUCGUGGUUUUUUGCAAUUUUUCUCCUGGUGUCCCGGCGUCAAGAUAACGCAAGAACCGGCCUUGGCUCGCUCCGAAGCUCUGACGUCUCGCUACAGCUGCGUCGGCAGUCCCGACAGCCGUUCGAGGUUUUCACGCAACGGUACAACGACGCGCUUCGCGCUACAUCAUCGUCAGCAACGACAGCUGCUGCAGCAGCAACCGACAGUCAUCGAGACGACGACUACCUUGGCGCCUGCAAUAUCACGACGCGAGAGCUACAUCGAUGCACCGCAACAGCAGCUGGAUAUCGAAUUAACCAAACUCAACGACAAUCUACUUGGUAGAAAUGGCUUGUGUUGAAUCUCUACAACUACCCGAAAUGUGCUGUUUUUUAAUUUCAUAACUAGCUCUCACGAAGGCGGAUUAGUUUCCAUCGAUUCAUUCACAAAGCUGUACUAUGUGUGCAUGUAUCUAUUGAGAAAGAAGAUGAGUCAAUUUAUCUCAAUAAUAAAUUUUACACAAAGUUAUCAUAAAUCAUGAAGGAUAAUAGAUACUAAAAUACCCCAGCGCUCUCAAACGUAUAUAUAGCAUCACAAAAGCCAUAUAUCCAUUAUUGUUGAACUGUAAAUGAAUAGAGUACCCAUACAGUAAUAGGAAUUGUAUAUUUACACUAAAGUGUCGCUUAAUUUUUUUUUAUCCCUCUACCCUACCUCACCACAUCCCACUUCCCCCUAGAUUACUGCAAUAGCUUUUUCACCAAUCCUAUAAUAGUACUUUACGAUACAAGUGCCAUGGUUCGGCGUAGUUUAGGGCCCGAGC